CACCUUGAAUCUGAUUUUGGGAUUCUUCGUUAUCGCCACCUCUACUUGAGCUAGAGAGGGGGACAGAGGGAGAGACCCUGGGUGGGUUCAGUGUUAUGUUUUUGUCGCUGUGUAUUCAAAUCGGAUUACGGACUCGCCAAUAAAACCCAACCCCUCUCUCUCUUCAUCACUCUCCUCCUCCUCCUCCUCCUUCUCCUUCAAAACCCUAGAAAACGAACCAGACCUUCAAAUCCCCUGAUACACAGUUGCACAUAUACGUACGCAAUCUCUGAGGAAUUGUCGCCAUGUCUGGACCUUCGCGAGAGCAAGCGCUCUCUCUCCUUGCACAGGCCAACAACCAUGGCGAUUUGGCUGUAAAGCUCUCUUCUUUGAAACAGGCUAAAGAUAUCUUGGCUUCUUCCUCCGACCCUUCUCUUGCUUCCGAACUCUUCCCCUAUUUGGUCGAACUUCAAUAUUCUCCCGAAUUUCUCGUUCGUAAAUCCCUCAUCGAGGCGGUGGAGGAGAUUGGUUUGAAAGCAAUGAAACACUCUUCAAUAUUAAUGCCAGUCUUAUUGGCGACUUUACAUGAUAAUGAUUCUAUUGUUGUAAGACAAUCCAUUGUUAGUGGCACCAAUAUUUUUUGCUGCAUUUUGGAGGAGUUGUCAUUGCAGUUUCACCAGCAUGGUAUAGUUGAGAGGUGGCUUGAAGAGCUUUGGACAUGGAUGGUUAAGUUCAAGGAUGCUGUCUUUGGCAUUCUGUGGGAGGCUGGUUCUGUUGGUACGAAGCUGCUGGCUUUGAAAUUUUUGGAGACAUAUGUUUUACUUUUUACGUCUGGCACCGGUGAUACUGAAAAGCCUGCCUCAGAAGCUGUACCAAGAAAUGGACGGGCUUUUAAUGUUUCAUUGCUGGUUGAUGGUCACCCUGUUUUGGAUCCAGUUGCACUUACAUCAAAGGCAAAUAGAUCUCUUGGCAUCCUACUGGAUUUGUUGCACUCGGCCAGUAGUCUGCCUGGACCCUUGAUAAUAUCUGUUGUUAAUUGUUUCUCUAUUUUGAAAAUUUUGGAGGCAUUGCUAAAGCUUGGACACUGGUCGCAGUACAAGUUCAACUGCUUGUUUGUGCUUUGCAGCAUGCUGACCAGGCCUUUUAUGCGGAGUUAAAUGGCAUUGGACAUGUGCUUGGCACUGCUGAAUUGGUGGUUCAGAUAAUGGGAGAUAGGAGCUAACUGAUGCCAACACCAUCAGCAAGUGAUAGGAGUUAUUAAAAGAUGGAUAGAAUGGCCAUCUCAUGUGAUGAGAAAAAUUUACUGGCCAAGCAAUACAUUAUAUGUUUGAUAGUUUGAGAGACAAAUUGUGUCACGGUUGUGUGGUAUCUCCAACUGAUUUGCAUACAGCUGUAGCAUAAGUGUUGUUGACAAUGUAUUAUUGGAUUUUAUGACCAUUGAUGCACAGUUAAUACCAACAAUAAUCAAUUUUUUUUGA